AGGCCCCGCUCGAUCCGAAUCAGGCGUGCCGUUACUUGUGUACAUAUCAAAUCGCCCGCGCUAACGGAUACGCUAUUCCUUUGCAUCGCCUACUCACAACCUAUCUCAGUUUCGUUCCCGAACGGCGGUCUCUUGCCUCGGUUGCCGUCUCGAAAAGGCUCGGUGACGAAGAAGGCAAUUCCACUGCAAUUGACCUGUGUCCCGCCGAUGGCAUUUUGCUUCUUGCCCUAUCUAGUUUGGCAGAAUAUCCACUCAGCUGCACAAAUGUUCCUCGUAACAUGGAAGCCUUUGGUUUAAGCUUAUUGGCAGCGUAUUGGGUGCAGCAUUUAGGCAUCGUACAUGCCUCAACUGAUCAUCAUUUUCGGCUUAGAAUGUGCGCGCUGUUCGGCCCACACACAUUGGCAUGUCCGGAUUUGAUUUUACCGCAGCUCAGUCGUUUGGAUGUGAAGCAGCUUCUUUACGUUUCGCUGGGUUAUCUCAUCGUGACCCCGACCCCGGUCUUGACUUUGUGGUCCACCCUUCCGACAUCUGCACAACUACCGGAAGAUAGCAGCCCACUAUUGGACUUGUACCGCCGACUGCGUGUGCUUUCCGUUUCUUGCGUGUCCGAAGCCGAAGAAGGUAUUCUGGCAGCUUAUCGACGUUGUGCUUAUACCAGAGUGCGAGAGUUUACACAAUUUGCCAAGCGUCUUCGACAUGCGGAUGUUUUCCUGUCAGCGCGUUUGGAGCUGCUGAUUUGGAGUAUAAUUGUGGUGCCAGAUGAUUUUGACGCAGCACUCGAGCACAUGGGUAGUGCAGUCAAAGAAUUGGAUCUUGUUGCGAAGCGCUUGGAGAAGGUGUCAGACUGCCGCGACUACUCCGUCUCACCGACAUUCGACCCACCUCUUCAGGAAAUACUGACCGAGAAGGAUACGUUUUCCCACGAGGUUCGAUGGCUUCACAUGCGAUUGGUUGCUCUGAGAAUUGUUCACUCUUGUGCUGAACUAGUCAUGAGUUCGGUCAAGUUCAGUGAUCACUUGCUCACUAAUGAGGUGGGACUCGAACCCGACGAUCGAGCAACGUCGGUUUCCGCACGAGUAGACCAAUGCAUCGGAGCAUUUGCGUUACUUCAACAGGAAUCACCGAAGCUGCCUCCCAUAAAUGACCUCAAUGCAACAGAACUGGUAAGUUUAUGCUCACUGGAUUCAUUCUUCGUGUCCCCAUCUUAG